CCAAAAGGGCUUGUAAGGCCGAUGAACAAAAGUGUCUUUGACAAAUCAAAUACUUUCCCUUCACUAAUUCCUUGUUCUUCUCUCACUGUUUUAUAGCUUAGUGUUCCAGAUUUGUUCAUAAUCCAUACUGUUGUACUUGUUGGUUCUUAAAUUAUGAAGAGAAGUUACUCUGAAUCUCCAUCUUCGAGUUCUUAUGGACCUCCACAAUCCAAAUUUAAGCAUAACCCAGAAGGCGACACUCAUUUUCUGGAAGAUGAGAGUACAAAAAUCUUUGCCAGGAAGGUGGCUGAUCAUUACAGUGCGAGGACCAAUCAAACUCUUGAAGAGCGCGAAGCAAGUCCUAUCAUCCAUUUAAAGAAACUUAAUAAUUGGAUCAAGAGUGUCUUGAUUCAGCUUUAUACGAAAAGAGGGGAUGCAGUUCUUGAUCUUGCUUGUGGGAAGGGUGGUGAUCUCAUCAAAUGGGAUAAAGCAAAGAUUGGAUAUUACGUUGGUAUUGAUAUUGCCGAUGGUUCAAUAGAAGACUGCCGGACCCGUUACAAUGGUGAGGCAGAUCACCAUCAGCGACGCAAAAAGUUCUCAUUUCCUGCCAGACUCCUGUGUGGAGAUUGUUAUGAGGUUCGUUUGGAUAGGGUUUUAGCAGAUGAUGCACCUUUUGAUGUUUGUAGCUGUCAGUUUGCUAUGCAUUAUUCGUGGUCUACUGAGGCACGUGCACGACGUGCGCUGGCCAAUAUCUCAGCUUUACUCCGACCUGGAGGAAUAUUUAUUGGAACAAUGCCAGAUGCCAAUGUCAUUGUCAAGAAGUAUAGAGAAGCUGAGGGGCUAGCCUUUGGUAAUAGUGUCUAUUGGAUACGUUUUGAUGAAGAGUUUUCAGAGAAGAAAUUUAAAUCGUCAAAUCCUUUUGGCAUCAAAUACAAGUUCCAUCUGGAGGAUGCUGUUGAUUGUCCUGAGUGGAUUGUUCCUUUCCCCGUCUUCAAGGCAAUGGCUGAAGAGUAUGACUUCGAGCUAGUUUUUGUGAAGAACAACCAUGAGUUUGUGGAUGAGUACAUGAAGAAACCAGAGUUCAUUGAGCUAAUGAGGAGGCUCGGUGCAUUAGGUGAUGGGAACCAAGACCAAAGUACUCUAUCAUCAGACGAAUGGGAGGUAGCCUACCUUUAUUUGGCAUUUGUUCUAAGGAAGCGAGGGCAACCAGAUCAAACACGAAGAAACCCUAGACGAGACAAAGGCAAGAUGCAAUUGACAAAAGACGAUAUUGAGAAUGUUAACGGUGCAGUGUAGUGCUUUGCUCCAACCUUUGAAACUGAAAACUGUUAUGGAACAUGAGGAAGUAUCUGAAAUGAAGAGGAACAGUAAACACAGUGCCCACUUCAAGUCGAUAAAUCCAGCAGCUAAUCAAUUUUGCAGAAUAAAAACUAUAGUUUUCCCCUUAUCAUUUGUUAUAUCAACUUGGUAUUAUACUCCUGCAUAAAAAAGUUGAUGUGGGCAGAAGUGGCUGGUUCUAAUGAUACUAGUCACCAGUGCAAUGUUUGUUUGUCCACUUGCAACUUACCAUGUAACUCUCUGUACCAUUACAUAUUUAAAGUGAGAA